AGCAGCGACAGACAGCUCUAGGGCGCAACGCUGAGCGCGCGGCGGACUUCGGGGAGACUUUCUGUUGUCGCUGCCAGUCAUCGUCGUCAUGGGAGACGAAACGGGCGGUCGCGUGGCUCGUAUUCCGCCCCAAGUCUUGCCCUUCGGGCUCUUUUUUCCCGUGGUUCUUUUAGUGGUGGGUUGGUACUGCUGCUGCUGCUGCUGCUGCUGCUGCUCUGCGGUCCAGAGCUAUAAGUGCGCUCGCUCACCUUGACCGAUGAUGGAUGGAUAUGGAUAAAAGUGCCGUGCAGCAGACCACCGACGCUCAACGCCAUUGAGCAACCAUUAUACACCAAUCUCAUACCCAUCGACCGGCAUCACCACCAGCCAUGGCGACGAUACCCUCCCCCGCCGCCCUCGCCGCCCUCGCCUCCACCCCCGUCGACGUCCCCAUCCCGCCCGCCGCGCUCUCCGCCGCGCUCUCCUCUCCGCCCUUUGCGCCCUCUUCCUCGUCGCCGUCGUCGUCGUCUCCCACUUCCUCCUCCAGCACCUCUGGCUACAUCCCCGGCGCCCUCAACCUCCGCGACCUCGGCGCCUACGCCCCCCUCCGCGGGGUCCUCCGCCCGCGCACCGUCUUCCGCUCCGGCACGCUUGACUACCUCGCCGCGCCGGCGCCCCCGCACGCGCGCCGCGCCCUGCUGCGCUCCCGGCUCGGCGUCUCGCGCGUCGUCGACUUUCGCCGCGCCGACGAGGUCAAGGUGGAGCCGCUGCCGCUGUCUCCGCCUGGUCGGCGCGGCGUGGAUGGUGACGGUGACGGUGACGGUGAUGGCGAUGAUGGCGGCGGCAGCGACGGAGCGGGCGUGACGCUCCUGUCGUGCCCGUACAUGGACGGCAGGGAGAAGCCGCGGCAGAUGGGACCCGCCGACUUUGUGGCGCGCGAGGGGGUGAGCCUGAGCGCGGGCUACGAUGUCAUGUACGACGCUGUGCUCAAGGGGUACACGACGGGGUUCAGGGCUGUGUUGGAGGCGUUGCGAACGGCGGGCGAGGGCGACGCUGUGCUAUUCCACUGCACGGCCGGCAAGGACCGCACCGGCGUCAUGGCCGCCCUCAUCCUCGACCUCAUGGGCGCCCCCGCCGACGUCAUCGCCGACGAGUACGCUCUCACCCGCAUCGGCACCGAGCCCUGGCGCGAGAAGCUGCUCCCCCUCGCCCUUCGCAGCUUCGGUGUUGGCGCCCCCACCGCGGCCCCGGAUCCCCGCGUCGUGAUGGGCGGUGGUGAUGCCGACAAGGACAAGCGGUACUCGGCCGACGAGGCGGCCGUGGCCAUCGAGGCGCCCGGCAUGAGGGAGAUGCUCGGCACGUACGCUGCCGUCAUGAAGCGCUUCGUCGAGCGUCUGCGCAGCGAGUAUGGAGGCGCCGAGGGGUACAUGAAGGACCAUCUAGGCUUCUCUGACGCGGACGUGGCCGAGAUCCGCAACAAUUUGCGCCCGACCGAGUAA